AUGGGCCCCUGUACCGCCUCCCCAUGCUGCUGCCAGGCCCGUAAUCUGCCAUGGGCCCCCGUACCGACUCUCCUCAUGCUGCUGCCAGGCCCGUAAUCUGUCAUGGGCCCCUGUACCGCCUCCUCAUGCUGCUGCCAGGUCCAGAGUGUGUCAUGGGUCCCUGUACGGCCUCCCAUUGCUGCUGUCUCUAUCGCCACACUCUGCCAUGUGCCACUUUCAGAUCUCCUCACACUGCUGGUGGUUCCAUUUUUGUCAUAGGUGUGCUGUAUGGCCUCCCAUUGCUGCUGCCUCCACCGCCACACUGUGGCUCCACACUCUGGUUUUGGCCCCGUGACUGCCCAAAUGAGUGAAGUGUGCGGUGAUUCUAAGAUCGACGGCACUCAUCUGCAUGUCAUACUGACUGACAGUAUUAUUUCUCUUCCCCAGCAGACUCCAAGGGCAUUUAAAUUAAAGGUACAGUGUUCUGCACUAAUAUUA